GUUUUAUAACUUCUUUGACUAUGGCAGAGACGUAAGUGAGACGAAUCGCGGAUCGAAAAAAAUCAAUUCAUUCUUUUGCUCCGUUUUUCUACGAGAUGUAUCAUGUCGUCGGCGAUUUCCGAUUUAUUUUUCAUCAACGAGAAGCACGAAAUCAACGAUUAUAGGAGAAUCAGUGUUUGCCAACUUGAGUAAAUAUCGAGGUCACGUAUCGUUAUCACAAAUUGACCAAAGUGGCAAGAACACGGAAUAAUACUUAGCUCAAUAUGACAAAGAACACAAUAUCUAGCCUUUCGUUCGCUACAUACGCGUGCUUGGAUCGUGCACGAAGAUGCGAGAUGAUGGUACAGAACUGAAAGAAGAAACGGUCGUUAAAACAAUGUGAAUGCGAUAUCGCGAUCGAUAUCCAUUUCCACGUAGCUGUGUUGUGGUUUAGACGACACCGCUAGGGCUAGGCAACUAUCGCGUCGGAGGAGGACACAGAUUAAUUGAACGCGUCUCAUCUGAUUCGAUCAGUCAACUAUCGAUUUCCUCGACGCGAGAAUGCGCCCUUUUCCCAUUACGAGACACUCUCUAAACUCUCUCUCUAUCAUCUACAACGAUUUCACGAUGCCACAACGAUGCGAGGCAAUUUUGUGAAAUCACCAUCUAGUCUGAAUUUAAACAGAUACGGUCGUACGUUUAGACUUGGAUAAUCGGGGGAAAUGGGAUCAGUCGCGUGACCGCUGCCAACGAGUCGUCGUGACACGGACACCGAGAGUAAGACCGACGGGUCGUGAAUAAGGAUUAAUUAGAAUUCAACAGAAAAACGAGAAUUGCAGACAAUAUAUACAACGAUCAGUUAGAUCGAUAGAAAUAAAAUAAACGAAGGGGGACGAUGCUGCGAUUCAGGUGGGAAUUCCGCGCGACGCUGUUGCUGCUCUGCGUUUGGAGAAGCGCUUGGCUCGCUGUUUUCUUGACAGACGCCCAGCCGGUCCUGAUAAGACCGAUCCACGUCUACCAGAGCCUGAUCAAGGGUGUUCACGAUUACUUCAACAACACGUGCGUGAUACUUUUUCACUCGGUGGCCUCGACGGAGGUGGAAGGGAUGAAAGAGAUGGAUGGGCUGCUGGAGCUUCAAAGGUACUUCAGCGGAUCUCUGAGCAUCCGGACAGCGAUCAUGGAUUUUCACACGUUCAGGACUCGAAUAGGGAACACUUACCAUCACAUCAAGAGGCCGUUGUUCGUGUUAUUGAACGACCUCGACGAGAUCGGAGAGCAAUUCGCUCUGGUCUCCAAGUGGAUCGCGAUGGCUUAUCCGACGUGGUUGCUGUUUCUGCGGGACGAGACCAGAAUCGAGGAAUUUCUGUCGGACGUUUACAUACCGUUUGACUGUAUGAUGAUGGCGACUCAGAGGGAUGCUGGGAGUGAGGAUGCCGGCGAGGUCAUUCGCGACGUGUACCAAAUCAGCAGGGAGGAUGAUCUGAGAUCGAUGAGUUUUGGCAAGUGGGAUCCGAAAAGUGGAUUCCGGGGACCUCGGCUUGGGUUGUACCAACGCAGACACGACCUACAUGGACGCAACAUACGAGUGGUUUCUAUCAACGAUCCACCAGUUUCUCGAAUGAUUCGCGAUGAAACUGGUCAACCGUUCGGGAUCCGUGGCUUCUUCGGUGAAGUGAUUCAACUACUGCAAGAAGGAAUGAAUUGCACGUUCACAUACAUGGAGGCUACCUCGUGGGGUGCACAGUUGCCGAAUGGCUCGUGGACAGGGUUGAUCAAAAUGCUGGUAGAUGACGAGGCUGAUCUCGGAGCGAGCGAGCUGAUGAUGUCUUCUGACAGACUGGACUCUAUAAAGUACACCACUCCCGUUUACACGACUAGAUGUCGCGCGUACAUCAAAAGACCGGACACAACAGCGGUGAACUGGAACGCGUACUUGGCGCCAUUCUCGUUCAACAUUUGGAACGCGAUCGGGCUGACCAUCAUCGUCGUAGGUCUAACAAUCGCCGGGAUCGACGCGUUCUCGAGGAAAUCCGAUUCGUUGCCACCUAACAUCAAACCCAUGGCUAAGUCCAGUCUGUCUGAGAUUCUGUUCUCCGUGUUUGGCGUGUUCUGCGGGCAAGGCAUGGAACCGUCUCUCUUGGAUCCGACGAGACUGGUGCAUCUGAGUAUCCAUUUGACGGCGGUGGUGGUGAUCGCGGCUUAUUCGGCAGCGUUGAUCAGCCACUUGGCCAUAAAAACGUUCCUGAUGCCAUUCACCACGAUGGAAGGUUUGCUGGAAGAUGGCACUUAUCGUUUUGCUGUGGUCGCCGAUUCGGCCGACUACAGUUUCUUUCAGAACACCAGCGACAACGUGCUCACGGUUAUGUUCGACCAACUGUUGACCAGAGAAACCGAUCUACCGCCAAAUUAUUUCGACGGCUUGACCCGCGUGUGUCAAGAAAAGAAGUACGCAUUCAUGACGCUGGAUAACAUGGCCUCGGUGCUGCAAGGGAAGGUCGAGUGCGCGCUAGAACCUCUGGAUGUGAUAAUGCAAACAACGAUAGCUAUGGCAGUGCCGGCUGACAGUCCUUACCAUGGCAUCAUCAACAGCAACAUUCUUCUGUUGCGCGACAGUGGGAUUCUCCAGCGGUUAAUCGACCUCGAAUGGUCAAGCAAUGAGCGUUGGGCGAAAAGCGGAUGGUCCACGGUGGAGAUGGAGGACGCAGCGCCUCUGCUCAUCUUCAUGCUCUCAGCUUUUCUAGUUACCUGUUUGGUACUGUUAAUCGAACGACUGUUUGGUCGAGAGCAGUCUCGCAUCGUAGAACAGGAAUCUACAGCAAACUAGUCACAAAGUCUCUACCCAGUGCGAAUCUUGCUAGCCAAGCGAAUGUUCGUUCUUUCUUAACAAA